GCGGCGCAGGAGCCCGAGUUCAGCUACGGCUGCGCCGAGGGCAGCUGCUACCCGGCCACGGGCGACCUGCUCAUCGGCCGCGCCGCGCGCCUCUCCGCGUCCUCCACGUGCGGCCUGCGGCAGCCCGAGCCCUACUGCAUCGUGAGCCACCUCCAGGAGGACAAAAAGUGUUUCAUAUGUGACUCGGAGGAUCCCUUCCACGACACCCUCAACCCCGACAGUCACCGCAUAGAAAACGUGGUGACCACGUUCGCCCCGAACCGCCUGAAGCUUUGGUGGCAGUCGGAAAACGGUCUGGAGAACGUGACUAUCCAGCUGAACCUGGAGGCCGAAUUUCAUUUCACCCAUCUCAUCAUGACGUUCAAGACAUUCCGUCCUGCUGCAAUGCUGAUAGAAAGGUCAUCUGAUUUUGGGAAAACGUGGCAAAUAUAUAGGUAUUUUGCAUAUGACUGUGAGAGCUCCUUUCCUGGGAUUUCAACUGGACCCAUGAAGAAAGUGGAUGAUAUCAUUUGUGAUUCGCGGUACUCUGACAUUGAGCCUUCAACUGAGGGAGAGGUGAUAUAUCGUGUUUUAGAUCCUGCUUUUAGAAUUGAAGAUCCCUACAGUCCCAGGAUUCAAAACCUCCUGAAGAUAACAAAUCUGAGAGUCAAAUUCAUCAAGCUGCACACCCUGGGAGAUAAUCUCUUGGAUUCCAGGCUGGAGAUCAGGGAGAAAUACUACUAUGCCAUUUACGACAUGGUGGUUCGUGGGAACUGCUUCUGCUACGGACAUGCCAGCGAGUGUGCCCCAGUGGAUGGCUUCAGUGAGGAGGUGGAAGGCAUGGUCCACGGGCACUGCAUGUGCAGACACAACACCAAGGGGUUAAACUGCGAGCAGUGCUUGGAUUUCUACCACGACCUCCCCUGGCGACCCGCCGAAGGCCGCAACAGCAACGCGUGCAAAAAGUGCAACUGCAACGGGCACUCCAGCCAGUGCCACUUCGACAUGGCCGUGUUCAUGGCCACGGGCAACAGCAGCGGCGGCGUGUGCGACGACUGCCAGCACAACACCGUGGGGCGCAACUGCGAGCACUGCAAGCCCUUUUACUUCCAGCACCCCGAGAGGGACCUGCGCGACCCCGACGUCUGCGAGCCUUGCAACUGUGACCCAGCUGGCUCCCAGAACGGCGGGAUAUGCGACGGCUACACGGAUUUCUCCACGGGCCUCAUCGCUGGGCAGUGUCGCUGCAAGGCGUUCGUCGAGGGCGAGCGCUGCGACCUCUGCAAGGAGGGGUUUUACGGCCUCAGUGCCGAUGACCCAGCGGGUUGUCAGUCCUGUGCGUGCAAUCCCCUGGGGACCCAUCCCGGCGGGAAUCCUUGCGAUUCGGAGACAGGAAACUGCUAUUGUAAACGUCUGGUGACAGGAAAGCAGUGCAGCCAGUGCCUGCCCGAGCACUGGGGGCUGAGCAACGACAUGGAUGGAUGUCGGCCGUGCGACUGCGACCUGGGGGGAGCCUUGAACAACAACUGCUCCAGCGAGUCUGGCCAAUGCGAGUGCCGGCCCCACAUGUUCGGGCGUCAGUGCAAUCAAGUAGAGCCCGGCUAUUACUUUAUUUCACUGGACCAUUACAUCUAUGAGGCCGAGGAAGCCAACUUGGGUCCUGGAGUAAAUAUAAUAGAGCGCCAGUCCACGCAGGACCGCACGCCCUCCUGGACCGGCGUGGGCUUUGUGCGCGUCCCGGAGGGAGCCUUCCUGGAGUUUUACGUCGACAACAUCCCCUACUCCAUGGAGUACGAGAUCCUGGUUCGCUACGAGCCGCAGUUGCCAGAUCAGUGGGAAAAAGCCGUUGUCAGCGUGUCGCGGCCGGGCCAGAUCCCCACGGGCAGCCGAUGUGGCAACACGGUCCCUGAUGAUGACCAUCAGGUCGUCUCCCUCUCACCCGGCUCCAGAUACGUGGUCCUUCCCCGCCCGGUGUGCUUUGAAAAGGGCCUGAAUUACACGAUUCGCCUGGAGCUGCCCAAAUACUCCUCGGUGGAUACCGAGAUGGAGAGCCCCUACACACUCAUCGAUUCGCUCGUCCUCAUGCCCUACUGCAAAUCACUGGACAUAUUCACGGUGGGAGGCUCAGGCGAAGACGUGGUCACGAACAGCGCUUGGGAAACCUUCCAGAGGUACCGGUGCCUGGAGAACAGCCGGAGCGUUGUGAAAACCCCCAUGACAGAUGUCUGCAAGAACAUCAUCUUCAGCAUUUCUGCUCUCUUGCACGAGACCGCCUUGUCCUGCCAGUGCGACCCGCAGGGCUCGCUGAGCUCGGUGUGUGACCCCAGCGGAGGGCAGUGCCAGUGCCGUCCCAACGUGGCUGGGAGGCAGUGCGACAGAUGCGCGCCUGGCACCUUCGGCUUCGGCCCCGCCGGAUGCAGGGCUUGCGAGUGCCACCCGCGAGGCUCUUCGGACGCCUUCUGCGACGCGGAGACGGGCCAGUGCCGCUGCUUCGGCGGCGUGUACGGGCGCCAGUGCGACCGCUGCCUGCCCGGCUUCUGGGGCUUCCCCAGCUGCCAGCCCUGCCACUGCAACGGCCACGCGGACGACUGCGACCCGCAGAGCGGCGCCUGCCUCGCCUGCCGCGACCACACGUCGGGCCACAGCUGCGAGAGGUGCCUGCCCGGCUUCUACGGAGACCCGGUGCUGGGCUCGGGCGAUCACUGCCGGCCCUGCCCGUGCCCCGACGGCCCCGGGAGCGGGCGCCAGUUUGCCAGCGGCUGCUACCAGGACCCGGUCACGCUGCAGGUGGUGUGCGUCUGCAGCGCCGGAUACAUCGGGAGCCGGUGCGACGAGUGCGCCUCGGGCUUCUUCGGGAACCCCGGCGAGGCCGGCGGCGCCUGCCAGCCCUGCCAGUGCAACAGCAACAUCGACCCCGGCGACCCCGAGGCCUGCGACAGGAGCACGGGCGCCUGCCUCAAGUGCCUCUACCACACGGAGGGCGAGAGCUGCCAGCGCUGCCGCCAGGGCUACUACGGCAGCGCCCUGCAGCAGGACUGCCGCAGGUGCGUGUGCAACGCGCUGGGCACGGCGCGGGAGGAGUGCGACGGCGCGGGCGGCUGCCGCUGCGAGGCGGCCACGGGGCAGUGCCGCUGCCUGCCCGGCGUCGUGGGGCGCUCCUGCGACCGCUGCGCCCCCCACACGUGGCACCUGGCCAGCGGCGCCGGCUGCGAGCCCUGCGACUGCCACCCGGUGCGCGCCCUGGGGCCCGCCUGCAACGAGUUCACGGGGCAGUGCCAGUGCAUGCCAGGCUUCGGAGGCCGAACCUGCCGCGAGUGCCAGGAGCUCUUCUGGGGCGACCCCAGCGUGGAGUGUCGAGCGUGCGACUGCGACCCGCGGGGCGUCCAGACGCCGCAGUGCGACCGCGCCACGGGCCGCUGCGUCUGCCACGACGGCGUGGAGGGGCCGCGCUGCGACAAGUGCAGCCGGGGCUACUCGGGCCUCUUCCCGGCCUGCGUGCCCUGCCACGAGUGCUUCGCCCUCUGGGAGCUGCUCGUGGGCGCCCUGGCCAACCGGACCCAGCAGCUGCUGCGCAGAGCCGACGCGCUGAAGGUGACGGGCGUCACCGGGCCCUACCGGCACACGCUGCGCGCGCUGGAGGAGAAGCUGGGCGAAAUCCAAAGCAUCGUCGCUCAGAACCCGGCCGCCGAGCCCCUGAAGGACAUUGGCAGCCUCUUUGAGGAGGCAGAAAAGCUGACAGCAGAUGUCACGGUGAAGAUAGCCGACCUGGAAGAAAGCCUUGCAGCGUUAGCCCUGGAAAGCAACAGCACAGACACAGACCUGAGCGCGCUCGAGACCGAUGCCAAGAGCCUGGAGCGCGUCGUGAAGGAGCUCGCCGAGCAGCUGGAGUUCAUCAAGAUCUCUGACGUGCGGGGAGCCCUGGACAGCAUCACCCGGUACUUCCAGCUGUCCCUGGAGGCCGAGGCCAGGGCCAACGGCUCCACGGCCGGCGCGGGCAGCGCGGUGGCGGCGUCGGCGCAGACGCGCCGGGACGUGGAAGACCUCGUGCGGGAGCAGCAGGCGCGCUUCCAGGCCGGCCAGGAGGAGCAGUCGCGGCUGCUCGACGAGCUGGCGGGCAGGCUGCAGAGCCUCGACCUCGCCGAGGUGGCCGAGAAGACGUGCGGAGCGCCCCGCGGGCUCCCGUGUGCCGAAUCCGCGUGCGGCGGCCUGGGCUGCCGCACGCCCGAGGGCCGCAGGAAGUGCGGCGGCGCCGGCUGCGAGGGGCUCGUCACCGCCGCGCACGGCGCCUGGCACAAGGCCAUGGAUUUCGACAGGGACAUCCUCAGCGCCUUGGCCGAAGUGGAGCAGCUCUCCAAAAUGGUUUCUGAGGCGAAGCAGAGAGCAGAUGAAGCAAAACAGAACGCCCAGGAAGUUCUGCUCAAAACCAACGCCACGAAAGAGCAAGUGGACAGAAGCAACGAAGAUCUGAGAAACCUCAUCAAACAGAUCAGAGACUUCCUCAUGCAAGACAGCGCCGACCUGGACAGCAUUGAGGCGGUGGCCAACGAAGUGCUCAGCAUGGAGAUGCCCAGCACUCCCCAGCAGCUGCAGGCCCUGACAGAAGAGAUCCGGGAGCGCGUGGAGAGUCUCUCCGACGUCGAGGUCAUCCUGCAGCAGAGCGCGGGGGACAUCGCCCGAGCAGAAAUGCUCCUGGAGGAGGCUAAAAAAGCCAGCAAAGGUGCCACAGAUGUUAAAGUCACUGCAGACAUGGUGAAAGCAGCACUGGAAGAAGCUGAAAAAGCUCAAAACGCAGCUGAAAAAGCCAUCAAACAAGCCGAUGAAGAUAUUAAAGGCACUCAAGACCUGCUGACCUCAAUUGAAUCGGAAAAUUCAGUGUCUGAAGAAACCCUCAACAAUGCAACCUUACGCCUCUUCAAGCUGGAAAAGAGUGUUGAAGAUCUGAAGCAAAAGGCUACUACCAAUUCAGAGAACGUGGACGACAUAGAAGAAAAAAUCAGUGCUGCAAAGCAAAACGCUGAGGAGGUUAAACAGGUGCUGGGCGGCGAGCUGAGCAGCAAGUACCGGGCGGCGGAGGAGCUGCUGGCGCGCAGGACCGAGGAGGCGGCCGAGGCCAGGCGCAAGGCGGAGCGGCUGCAGGACGAGGCCAGGGCGCUGCUGGCGCAGGCGAGCGGCAAGCUGCAGCUGCUGCAAGACUUGGAGAAUACAUAUGAAAACAACCAAAAAGUUCUGGAAGACAAAGCCAAGCAGUUGGUGGUGCUGGAAGAGACAGUUCGCUCCCUCUUGCAGACUAUCAGCCAGAAAGUUGCUGUUUACAGCACUUGCUUAUAAAUGGGGGCAGCAAAUGCUUGACAAAAUGUGUUCAGGGUGGAUUUUACAAGUAUUACACUAGCUCUUUUUUUGACAUUACACUAAGGACUGAUCAAGUGACCAGGUUUGAUAUUGACUUCAAGUCACAGAGCCAAAGAUAAGUAAUUUUUUUGAUGUUGAAAAUAAACAGUACUUUUUUUUUUAAAUCACUCUAUGUAUCUAGUAUGACUCAUUAGCUGCUUUGUUAUUAGCCCAAAUGGUAAAUCAGUUAAUCCUUUAGCUUCUGCAAAUUGUUUUUAAACUAGUUAGAGAAUAUCCUAAUAAAAUCUUGGCACCGACUGUA